CCCGCUGUUCAGUACUUCAGUCCUCGACUACAAGUUAGUUGUUGAGUGACGAAACAGAUUGAACAGAAACACUAACAAAUCAUUUAGAGAGAGAGAGAGAGUAAAGAAUCUGACAUUAGGGAUGCCAAUCCCUGAAGUGGAGCCGCACAGGGGAAGGGCUCGACCGGCGACGACUAGACCGGCGGUGCGAGGAACUGUGCGGGCCAGGGUUCCACUCCGGAGACUUCUCCGCGUAGCCUCCGUGGCUUGCGGGAUACAAUUCGGAUGGGCUUUACAACUCUCUCUCUUGACGCCCUACGUACAGGAGCUGGGAAUUCCGCACGCGUGGGCCAGCGUGAUAUGGUUGUGUGGGCCGCUCUCUGGCCUGCUUGUGCAGCCCUUUGUAGGCCAUUUGAGCGACCGAUGCACCAGUCGCUUCGGCCGUCGAAGGCCUUUUAUACUCGCCGGCGCUCUUUUAAUUGCCUUGUCAGUUCUGAUCGUCGGUCACUCCGCGGAUAUUGGCUGGAUGCUUGGCGAUAGGGUCGAUCACAGACCCGGAGCGAUUGCGGCUUUUGUUUUGGGGUUUUGGAUUCUCGAUGUGGCCAAUAACAUGACUCAAGGUCCUUGUCGAGCUCUUCUCGCUGAUCUAACAGAGAAGGAUCAUCGGAGGACUCGAGUGGCAAAUGCUUACUUCUCACUAUUUAUGGCUGUUGGUAAUAUUCUUGGGUUUGCCACUGGAGCAUACAGUGGUUGGUUCAAAAUUUUUCCAUGGACCAUUACCUCUGCAUGUGAUGUUGACUGCGCCAAUCUCAAGUCUGCUUUCUAUCUUGACGUUGUUUGUAUUGCAAUCACAACAUAUUUAAGUAUCUCAGCAGCUCAAGAAUCACCUCUGAAUUUAAGGGAUAGUUCUGCACCUUCUGUUGAAGGACACGGACAGUCGAGCCACGCUCAAGAAGCUUUCCUUUGGGAACUAUUUGGGGUUUUUAGAUAUUUCUCAAGUUCUAUAUGGGUAAUUUUGCUGGUUACAGCUCUCAAUUGGACUGGAUGGUUUCCCUUUCUUUUGUUUGAUACUGAUUGGAUGGGUCGAGAGAUCUAUGGUGGAAAGCCAAAUGAAGGGGAGAAUUAUAAUGCUGGAGUUAGAAUGGGAGCUUUUGGUUUGAUGUUGAAUUCGCUUGUUCUUGGAAUAACAUCAGUUCUUAUGGAGAGGCUCUGCAGGAAGUGGGGAGCUGGUUUUAUUUGGGGACUCUCCAACCUCCUGAUGACUGUCUGCUUCGUUGCGAUGCUUAUACUCUCCUUUGUAGUGAGCCGUUUGGGCUAUGUAGGCCAUUCCUUGCCGCCUGACAGUGUUGUAAUAGCUGCACUGAUUGUAUUUGCUAUUCUUGGUUUUCCUCUUGCGAUCACAUACAGUGUUCCAUUUGCCUUGAUUUCCUCACGUAUUGAAACUCUAGGAGUUGGGCAAGGUUUGUCAAUGGGAGUUCUGAAUCUAGCAAUUACAAUCCCGCAGAUGGUGGUUUCGCUCGGGAGUGGACCAUGGGACCAGCUAUUUGGUGGUGGAAACUCACCAGCUCUCGCUGUAGGGGCAAGCUCAUCCUUUGCUGCUGGAAUUAUAGCCAUCUUGGCGAUUCCUCGAUCUAGCCCUGUGAAGCCCACAUCUCUCACAUGAGCAACUUAUUGAGCUGGAGACACAUGGAAUCUGACAUCCGAAGAGUAUAGAUUUCAGUGUAGCAAGCAAUAUUUUAUACAAAGGAUACAAAGACAACCGAUUCUUCAAGUUGCUCAGACUCAGAGAAAAAGUUGCAAGAAAAGAAAAAAGGAGAAAAAAGGUUCUGCUCUGGCCUGUUCUGCUCUGCUUUGCUUUGUAUUUGUUCCAGCAAGAGUGAUAUGAUGGUAGGCUUAUUUCUUUAGCCUUCUGUGAAACAGCCAAAUAGCCAAUGCUCUCUCCUGCAGAGAAACAGUCUCACCCUUUGUUGUGAGAAAAGGGGUACAUAUUAAAUGGUUAGAGUUGGUGCACGUAAUUGUCUUUCUGUGUUUCCUAUCUU